CAGGAUCGGUGUGCCAGGAUUGCAAGGAAUUUAGGAAAAAUUCUUCAUCGAAUCCACGAGCAAAAGACCCUUGGUUUGAGCGCCGCCAUCGUCGUCGUUGUCGCGCGUUUGCGAUUUCUCGUCGGCUCGGUAGUCGAUCGACGAGAUUGCGGUGAGAUCGCGUACAAACGGGACUUGACAGUGACAGUGAAAUUUCAAAGUCGAAACCCAACCUGCUCCCGUUCGCCGCGUGCCUUUCGCUUUCGUUUCGCACCGCACCGCCAGCCACGCGGUGCCAGCAUCCAACCGAUCAGUGGGCUGCCCAAAGGGAAAGCGAACUCUGGGUGCAUUCGUUCUACGGGCACUGCAGCCUUCAGUGGCUGCAGCGUGUGCUUUCUCUGAACAGACAGAAUCGGACGGUCGGCCAGCAAGCGUAUCGAAGACGAAGGUGGCAAUCGAGAGGAGUUGGUGACGCUGGUUGGUGGCGUAACUGUACCGUUGGACCGUGGGGUGUGUGCUUUCGUGUGCGUGUUUCUGUUUGGUGAAUGUGAGUUGUUUUGGGACUGACUCGGUUCGGUGUGUUCGGUGCGCUUUCGUGCUUUCUUCUGCUUCAUCUGGGUGUUCGCGUGCGCGAUCGAGCCGCGGACUGACUCUCGUCGCAGUGUGUAGCAGAAGGUGAAAGAAAUUUCCACCCCUUUCCCCGUUUCCAUCUUCAACGGCCGCACCUUUGGGGGUACGGCCACGCACGCUUGUGAGACGCUUCCUCUUGCCCCGGGGGGACCGCGUCCAUAAUACUUUCUUCCUCCGUUUGCGCGGCGCUUGACUUGACUCGCGCGGCGCAACUGUGAGCGGAAGAGGAACGCGACAUCGCGACGUUGCUUGUUGUCGGUGUUUUCGAUUCGCUUCCGGUUCGAUUCGUUUGCCGGUGUAAGGUGCAUACCAGCGGUUUGCGCUUAGUGAGUGAUCGUUGCCCGCGGCGGAUUAGGUGUUUGCUUCUUAGAAAGAGUUCAUCUCGAAACAUCUUCGACGUCCUGCUGAUCGCUAAUUGAUGUCCUGACAAGGCUGUACGUGAAUCCGUGAGCCCUACAAUUGACUUCAAGGUUGAGCUAAUUACUGGAGAGCAUACAACGUUUCUGCUUUUCUCUCACUAUUACUGCUGCUUGUACCAACGCGCUUGAGUUAUGCUACUGCAUCAUCCUUGAACUGCCAGGAAGAAUAUACACUCUUAUAAGAACUGAAUACUACGUCAUCGCACUUUAUAAACGAUAAGCCAACUCCUCAAACAUCACAGGUCUUCAGAAUACACGAAUCAAAAUGGCGGGCAACAUUGGCAUAUUGUGGCUACUCUGCUUUUGCCUGGCGCAAGCCCACGGUGCAGUGUAUUCGCCCGGUGGCGGAGUGUACGGUGAUUCGUCGCCACGGGAUGCCGGAGGUGAUCCGGUGUUUGCCGUCGUACCGAGCCAGGACGUCAAUCCGGACUACUACAUCACGCAGACGGUGUACGGGUUUCUGGACUUUACCACCACCAUCGGCAACACGGUGAUGAUCUUCUCGCCCCAGAGUGCCGCACCGGCAGUAACAGAGCCACCGAAAACGACGGCACCACCGCCACCGGUGAUCGAAACAACGCCCACCACGACAACCACCACCGAGGAAGCGCUGAGGGAGAUUAAACCGAGCAAAACGGUCGUACUCCCGGUGCUGCCAGUGAAGGCCGAGAAGGUCAGUAUUGUGCAGGUGCUGCCGGAAACCCCGAAACCACCGACCACCAAACCGGCCGGUCCGCUCAAGUUUAUCCCGAAAGCCGUCCCAAAGGUAGCGAUCAAACCGAUCCUCAAGCCAAAACCGAAGAUCGUCGAGAUCACUCCGCUGAAACCAACGACAACAACGACGACUCCAGAGCCUCAAGAGCAACCUCAAGAGCGAUUCAUCGUGAAGCCAGUCCCCAAGGCGGUCAUCAUAAAGCCAGUUGCCCCCGUAGUGAAGGUUGUGGCGACGAAAGUCCUGGAACAACCGACUACCACCACAACGACGGAGGAACCGAUCCCGGUGGAAGAGGAGGAAUCGGAAGAACAAUUCGAAGAACAAGAACAGGAACAGGAACACGAGGAAGCGGCUCAGGAAGAGGAGAUUGAGGAGGAGCUCCACGAAGAAGAACAAGCGGCGGAACAAGAAGCGAUCGAAGAAGUCCAACCGGAAGUUGUGGAACCGAAGGUGACGGCCGAGAAGCCCAAAGCACACGUUGUGGAAGCUGUUACUCCAUCAACAACGACAACAACGACGACGGAAGAACCAGCGGAAGAGUUGGAGGAAGAAGAGCACGAAGAAACGGAGGAACACUCACCGAUUAUGUUCUCCAGCGUUAUCGAGGACGAAGUGAAGGCAAAGCCAGCACCGGUCGAGGUGACGGAGGAGAAAAACAACAAAAGUCCGGCCGUGGAAACCAAAACACCCGAAGUGACCCCGGAAGCUCACGAAGAAGAGGAAGAUGAAGAGGGAGGAGAUGAAGAUGAGGAGGAUGAAGAUGAACCCGUGCCGGUACUGCAGAUCGGUAACAACAUCGGUGAACCGGAGUACGACUUCCUGUCGCGCCAACCAUCGGAGUUCGUCGAGGAAACGUUCCGCGUGGUGAACCUACGACCGACGGCGACAGCGGCGACCGGGGCGGCGGUGACGGCGGAAGGUCGCGCCCAGAACCCCAAACCGGCCAAACCGAAGCGAGGUCACAGUCAGGCACAGCAGGCAGGCACCCCGGUGGCACCACCAGCGGCCCCGGAAGGCGGCGCCGGCGGUCGACGCGUCAAACUGAACCCCAGCUCGACGUUGCGCAUCCUCAAGACGGCGGCACCGAGCCUGAACAAGACGCCACGCUACAAUCCGGAGGCAGUGGCGGCGGCCUCGAUCAUUACGCCCUCGCCCGCCUCCCAAGCGCUCGAUGACACCGGGCUCCCGCUGGAGAAUCUGUUCGCCAGCCAGCCCAGCUCGAGCUUGGUGCGACCGUCGCGCCGUCUACCGGGCAGUGCCGGGAGUGGAAACUUCAAGAAUCGCCUAAAGAACCGCAUCGGCAAGGAUGACAACGAGCUGCAGGAGGCGGUCGGUGGUGGUGGUGAGGAAUCGAGUCCGGCUCCGGCCACCGUCACUCCGCAGCCACCGACGGCGGCUGCCGCUGGUUACGGCAAGAAACCCGCCAGCCGGUACCGCAACACUCAGAUCGUAAAGCCCGCCGUCAAGAAUACAAGAUUUAAUCGCUAUUCCGCGUCUAGCGUGGAGGUGGCUACGGUGUCCGCUGUGAGCACGGCCGUGCCCGUGCCGGCCUACCAGAACCGGCGCAAUAAAUCCUCUCGUAACGGUUUCAAACCAACAUCAUCCCACAGCGUGUCGGCCGUGCAGCCACAGCAACAACAGCAACAACAACAGCAGCAAUCACAGUACCAGCAACAGCAACAGGAUGCUGCCUCACGGCGCUCGUUCAAACCAAGGCCACAGCCAUCGUCCCCGGAGCAGGAUACGCCCGGACACACCACGAGUCUGUACAAGUUCAAGCUGAACCGUUCGCCAGGCCGCUGGCAGUACAAAUCGCCCGCCAAACCGACCGUAGCCAUCCGCAAACAGAGUGCAGUGAAGCCGGUGGCCGGUGCAGGGGGUGCUGCCGCCAAGGAUCAGGUACUCACGGAUCAAACGUACACCACCGCACCGAUUACCGACACGUCCGUACAGUUUAAUGAUAUUGCGCAGCCGGUGGGCGGGGGAGACCACGGGGAGAAGGUGGACACGGACACGGACCUGGACCAGUCGGGCUCGGUGCAUGGGAAUGUGCUGAACACGGACGCGGAACAGGACAACCAGAUCGAGCGGCGCUACCCGAUCGAGACGCUCAAGGUGGAAAUAUCGACGCCGGCGGACUUCCGCGAUACUUACUACGAGAUCGCAACCAUCAAAUCACCGUACACCUUCCAGGUUGGAACGGUAAAGAACACUCGCUACAUUACGGUCACUUCGACGAUCGAGAAGGUGCUGGAACAGGAGACGGCCACCAUCACACCAUCGCUGACGGAACCACUGACGGAGAACAUUCUGGCCACGACGACGCACAUCGACAAGGAGAGCAAUCUGCUCGAUUCGAGCAUCGCCACGCUACCACCGAUCGUGCUGGGCAGUGAUACCGAGACGCCACCACUGGAAACACUGACGGAAACGUUCAGUACGACGCAAGCGAUGCUCAAGACGCACAUUUUGCCGGUGGUCCGUGAAGGGGACACGACCAGUUACACUCUCAUCCAGACGUACCACGUGACUCGGCUCGUAACGGCCACGAAAACAUUGCCACCGAUGGAACUGUACCAUUUCGUUCCCUCGAAAACGCUGAACGAGUUCAACAGUCGGUUGGAUGAAGCUGGGUCCGAGUUGCAUCUGGAGCUGGAGUUUGGUGAUGAUAACGAGAACGAGGAUGAUGAGAAACCGAAGCGCGAACGGUUACCCUCGGAUCUGGAUCUGUCGAGCAUCGGAUCGGACUUUGAUCUGUCGGAGGUGGACAAGACCAACAUUCCGGAGAACAUUCGACCGAAGAAGAAGAUCACGGGCAGUAACAAGGAUAACCGGGUCACGACGGAAGCACCAGUGACGACGCCUGCUCUGACGCCGGAACAGCUCCAACAGUUGGCGUUGCUUCGAUUGCUUAAUCCGGCUGCGGCCGCACAGAUCCCGUCGGUCAUAACUUCUUCGAAACCGGUGGUAAAGCUUGAAACUGUUUACGAAUCGCACGUGCUACCGAUCAUCAACGGGCAGAACACGAUCCUUAGCACCAUUUCGCGUCCGAUCGGUACGAUCACCAAGACGAACUACGAAAUCGUGACGACGACACUGCCGAGUCUGCCGUUGCCACCGAUUCCACAGCUGAAUCCGUUCCUGCAACCGCAGCAACAGCAACAGCAACAGCUACAGCAGCAACAACAACAACAGCAGCUUCAGAUCCAGUCGACCCCAGUCGUCACGCAGACGAUCGUCACGGAGACGAACAGCAAAGUGUUGAAGCUGACGUUCGGUGCCAAGACGGCGUACACUACGCUCUACUCGACGACGGUCGUUCCGACGGUGCUGACCACCUACCUGACGCAGUCCGUCUCGGUGCAACCGACGGCGGCCGCUUUCCCGGGAUUUUUCCCCAACCCGUACGCACCGUUCCCGUUCGUGGGAUAGAUGGCUGAUCCAAUGCAGAAAUGCAGAAAUGCUUGCCACUAGCUCUAGUGUAGGAUAACGAAUUGCGACACCAUUCUCUAUCACAUCUCACAUCCUCUCCUCUCCGCCGUCCACCGGAACCGCUGGAUGAACGAUGAGGGGAAAAUCGAAAAAGGCAACCAGCGAUGGUGGCAUCAACGUGCUGCCACGGAAUGGAACACUAGCAGAAGACAUCAAAUACAAUAAAAACCAGACUUCAACGGCGGGACAUCAAAACUACAGCGAUUACAACCUGUACGACCAUCGAUCGCACAGAACCGCACCAACUGAACCGUGAAGCUGUCUUCGUUACACUCGAUAGUAGAUGUAAAAGGAGCUGCAGAAACAUGUAAAACCCGGUGUGCUAGCAUAUGGUGCCCCUUCGCUUUGUACCUAGUACCCUUACAUAUUCUUAAAACAAUAGUCAAGGCCACCGAAACACCGGGAAACCGCCGACGGAAAGGAACAAAAACUCCCCGGAACAGGUCGAGAAUCCGGUUGGAAUUCGCUGGCGGCGUUGGCGCAGCGUAAUGUUUUAUGUUAUUUGCAUGUUUUGCCGCCUUCCACCCGGGGGGUGGGCCAGCACUGAUCGAUGCCCUGGAGAUGGCAUCGGAUCAAAGUAUAACCAUGACCAUGGCACAGGAAGGGCGUCACCGAAACGAAGGAAAGGACCAGACCAGACGAAGAGGGACAUAAAAUAUUCCAUUCCGUUUAGUGGACGAAACAUUUUCCAACCCGUUUUUUUUUUUCAUUCUUUAUUUCUGUGGGUGUGCGGCCACCACCACCACCAUUUGUCUGCCUCCAUUUUGUCCACUUUUUCUUCCCUUCCUUCGCGAGUACACGGGGAUGGAGGAAAGUGGAUGAAAAUUUGCCUUAAGAAUAGCAUUAAAUUUAAUUCAGAGUAGAGCACUAUAAAGACCUUAAAAAAAUUGUUUGCUAGAAGGGAGUCACAUUUUUCUCCCAUCGAGCGAGCCCUUCGUGCCGUUUGUUUUUUAUGCGGAGAGUUUUGAGGGUUUUCGUAAGGUUGCUGCCAGAGGCGGUGGGGCUGCGCAUAUUUUGCGCCGGCUUCACGAAGCACCAAGUUGAUACCAAGAUCCACCCCGCCCGGGAAGAGGCAGAAGGAGAACCUGGUGCAUAGAGCUCAAGUUAAGUGCAAUCAUGAAAGCUGGGAUUGCCGCAGUCUAGGGCAGUGUAUUGUAGAACGUUGAAAGGACGGAACAGAGGUUUGCAGCUUGAGUUUGGAGGAGAAUUUGAACGUUCGUCACCAGCAGGAUCCUCGUAAACAGAUAGUUUUGUAAAUAUUUUAUACGAUUAUUGAAUGCGCGCCAUUGGGUUUGUCACGUUACGUCGCGACCCGAAGCGAAGCACGGUGUCUGUGGGCACUAGAUGUCGGUUGCAGUUACAGAGCGUCGAUCAUCUGGGUCGAUGCACUCGAGCCGUGGAAGGAAGAAGUUGAAGUAAACUGGCAUCAAUCACAAAACGGCCAACGAAACGAUCGCUCCUAUUAUGUUAUUUGUGAAAUGCGUACUGAACAAGAUAUUGCUUUUCUUUUAUUUCUUUUGUAAAUAAUUUAUUACUAUUACGCCACGAAGCGGCGUUCCGUUUUUUUGCUUUCUUUUUUUUAGCCAACUUACGAAUUUCGAUACUGAAAAUGUCCAUUAUUCAUUUAGAUACGUAAGAGAGUAGCAAGUAGAAGUAAACUGUUCGAAGUAAAGCUGGCGCUGCCUCGUAAUUCGUAGUUUGAACACUCCAAUACUCAGUACUUUUAAUCGCCGUGGACGUGGCGUGAUCAUUGCGCGGCAGUACCGAUUUUAUCGAAUGAAAAAUUGAGUUUUUUUUUAUCCCUAUCAUUUCCUAUCCUAAUCACACUUUGACGUAGCCUAUGAAUUUCUAUUGUAUAUAAGAUAGCUGUCGUCCAUUGUCCUAUCAGAUUAUUUUACGCUAUUCCAUUACCUGUUUGUCAACGAUAGCUCAAACUAUACGAACUGCUCGAAACGAUUUUUAAUAAAAGUUUUCCAAAUAAUACUGUUCGUGUUAUCGUAUCGAGUGGUUUUCGGGGUAAUCAUAGGAACAAUGAAAGAAAUAUGCGGUAGGAUGAAUCUCUUGUUCUGAAUCAGCGUUCAUUUUAUGACCAAGGCAUUGUGCUCGUGGGUUUCAAU